ACUAGGAAGUUUGGGGAAAUGGAGUUGCAGUAUGGAAAACACAGUAUGCUGACACCUGAAGAAAGAGGAAGACGACACCUUUAUUGCUCAAAACCCAGAUUUAUGAGGGCACAGCCGGGCGAACCUCACCCCCUCUGCCGCACCAGUCACCCGGGGAGACGAGUCAACAGCAAGGCCUGGCAACUUGCUUCCAGACCCCAUCAGUCGAGAAAUACGGCACCAUCAUAUUACUUCUGCUUUGUGAAGCAAGCAGUCCUGUGGAACAGAGGACAGCACCACACCGUUAUCUUAAGACAGAAUGGACCUCUGCCCAUGUGUUCACGUUUUCAUGCUCAUAUGGAGGCCUGCCCGGUCCGCUCUAGCCACCCGUAUUUCCCUAAAAUGCAGCCCAGACCUCAGCCUAUUCAUCUGGGGCAAAAACUAAGACGGCAGUCUCCAAGUGCUCCACAACAUCAAGCAUGGCCAGAUAACAGGAGGACGCAAUCUGUGAGCAAUUCCAGUAGAAGACAAUUUGCUGUGGAUCUACCCCAUGUGCCGCCAUCCCCUAACCCAAGCAAAGCUUCUUUCGAAGCCCCCGUUAGUCCAUCUCCCACUGUUCGGUCUGUCGAUAACCCUGAGAAAUUCCCGUCUCCCAGCAUACACAUCCCAUUAGAAGAUAAAGAUGAGGAAGAUGAUGUACUCUCUCCACCAGACCUGAUUCAGAGGCAACAAGAAAUGGCUGAGGAUGAAGCAAUGACCCCAAGCACACUUUACACCCCUACAACCCCCAGCGUCCCAGCUACCCCAAGUACUCCAGGCACCCCAAGUACUCCAGGCACCCCAACCUCUUGUGUUACCCCGAAUUCCUUCUCAGACUUCAGUCGUCCUGCAUCCAGCCAGUUCAGUCGUAGCACUGACCUCAACAGCAGCUUCUCCGAUGCCCUGUCAGUAAACUUCAGCGUUAAUGAUGGUCCUGACAAUGUCUCUGAUGAUGAAGAUGCUGAUGACCAUAACCAGAACAAUGAUUAUAUGAUCGGCUCCUCUACAUCUCCACCUGAUCCUCAAUUUAGCUCUCCAGGAAGUUGUGGCCGGGUCACCUCACAGAUGGAGUUCCCACAACCAGGUCACUCCAAACCUAACUUCCAACCAGACACCCCAAUUUUUACCCGAAACAUCCGGCCUCAGAGCUCUCAAUUAAGGCAAGCUUCAGACGUCCAAAAGUACACGGAUGAAACCCUGCAUGAACACCCCUCUCCGAGCCGGUCUAGUUCAAGUCCCGAGCCUUGCAGUCACUCCAGACAGAGUCAUUUCUCAGGAGUGGAAAGUCGAUCCGAAUGGAACCUGUGGCCAGUGCUUCCCCCCAUCAUGUCUCAACCAGAUGAAUUGCAAGGUGAGAAUAUAUUGGAGGGGACCCCUUACUCCAAAUCCAGCAGGUCCCAGUCUGAUAUGUUUGCUGAAUUGGAUGAUCUGGCCCCUCGCUCGGAUUCCUGCGCGUCCCUGGACCACCCAGCCGGAAGUGAGACAGACAGAUCCUCACCUACCACAGAUCUGAGUCCUGGGCUUGCAGCUCUGACAGUGGGCUGUGAUUCUGGAGAUCUGGGAUCUUUGUCCCGUGUGCAACUGUUGCUAUUCGAGAGAAGAGGAUCGGAGAGCCCCGGUUCUGUCCCGAGCCCUGACUGUCUUAACCCAACAGAUGGAGAGGACUACGAACCUGGCCUACGAGUCUGGAGCUCGGGCAUUCCCCAAUAUUAUCAGUCCACGGUCGUGGAAAACCACAAACCAUUAAGUGGGAGAAAUACCAAAUUGUGCGAGGCCCAAGAUUCUUUGGUGACUCUGAAGGGAUACAGACAUUGCCCUGAGCUCAUCAGUGAGGGGAGUGGAUCAAGGACAUCAUCAUCAUGUUCGAUUAACUCAAGGAUUUCUAAGUGUAGCACCAGAAACAAAGAGAGACCCAGCCAAGGUUGUAAGCAGCCUGAUGAAAAUGACCCGAUUUAUUGGUCCCCUCUCUCUCCCAGUGCGUUGCUGGCAGAAAAUUCUGCUAAGGAGGAAACUGCACAGGAGCAGAAACGUUCAGGGAGCAGGAACCGUGCUGAAGUGGAAGUCCAUAUGAACAGGUCCAACAGACUCCGAGAGAAGAAGAAGAGGAAGAAAGAGAGCAAGAAGAGCAAGGAGUUGAAGAAUAAAGCCCUUGAGAUUUUCUCCAAACUGCAGGAUGGAAAAGACCCAGCACAGCCCGAUCAUCAGAGCCCUUGCUCCAAGUUUGAAGACUUUGAUUUCCUGGCAAAAUACUGCAUCCUUAGUCAGGAGAAGCUGUCGUUGUACAAAAAGGCUUUUGAGGCAGCUGAUAGUGAUGGAGAUGGGUAUCUGAGCUGCCUCCAAGUGCUGGUAGCCCUGAAAAAGAUCAUUCCCCCAGAACUUCUGACAGAGGAGGAGGAAAUCUAUGUCUACAGGAUUUUGGAGCUGGUUGAUUUUAGAGUGACAGACGGCCUUACAGACCUGCGGCUGUUUGCAGUAGUAGCCAGUUUGGCCCAGAAAAUAGCCACACUGGACGAGUUUAUGCGCUCCCUUAUCAGCAAGAUGGAUUUCAAGUCUCUGGAGAUGAAGCUUUACAAAGCCAAGCAGUUGUUCAUGUUCCUGCUGGAGGCGCAGACAGGGGGCACUGUGGUGCCACAGGGCUGCAUAGAUGGUGAGCAUCUACUCGUGGAGCUCAAAGCCGGGGGCAUCAGGCCAGAGGACGAGGCGUCGGUGAGACGGGAGCUUCGCGGCCUUCGGUCCCUUGACCUUCUUGACUUCCUCGCUCACCUGCCUCUCUUCAUCCUCAUCCACAACUCGGUCAUCGCCAAUCCCUUUGACGACUCCAGCAACCUGUGAGGGCAUCUACAAGAACAGAUAAUAAUCAAGUGAAAUUCACUCAAGUGUAUGAGAUAUGUUAGUUUAGAUAGAGAUGAUAGGCUGAAUACAAUAAAAAGAAAUUCAUACUUGAAUUGUUCUUCAGUUAUAAAAGUCAGUGUCCAGCCUACCACAAUGUAAUCUUAAAUUAUUGCUGGAAAUGUAUAUUGAUUAUAAAAUGAAACAUCUAUUAGUACCAGCUUGCUGUACUUUGUAAACCAAUAACAACUACAUCAUUGGACCUAUAGCAGCCUCUGCCAAACAUUGGUAAUGUGCAGAAGAGUGCUGUCUGUGGUACUGAAAUAAUGUUUGCUUUUUGGUGCAGGCAUUUUUCAUGCAAGCUAAAUCCUUUAUAAACUGUAAUUCAAAAAUCCUAUCAUCACCCACAAAACUUUGCAGAACUCAGUAGAGGAAAGGGAGCGGAAAAGCUUUGACAAGCAUAGAAAGCACCGUCACAUUCAGACAUAACAAAAGUGUGCAUUUGUAUGAGAAAGAGGAGAGAGGGGAAAAACUGAAAAGGAUGGAGGUAGCGAGAAAAACAGAGACCGACCGGUCUCAUUUAGCCUAAAGAAAUGGCUGUGGUCCUCUGUUCGAGAUUGGACAGUCAUGAAAAGCUCUCUGGGCACUUAUGAGGAAGUGAGUGCUGUCUAACAGUCUGCAUCUUUAGCUUCAACAAAGUCCACUGAAAAAGUUGAGAGGCAAGGAUGGCAGCACUUUCAAAAAGAAUGAAAGGGACCUGGAGGGUGCGGAUCACAAGAAGUCCACAUGAAUUUCAACAGAGGGAACAUCAGAGGGGCCCAGAUCACUAAUCAGUGUGGGUUACAUGCGGCCGCUCCUUUUCUAUUCAGGCCUGCCAUAAUGAGGAGGCAACGGUCUGCCACAAAGGGAUGGACACGCGGACGGGCACGAAUGGGUUGCGCACAAAACUACACACACAGUGUUUAACCAAUUGCAUCACUCGUUGUUGUCCGGUUGGACGCAGUUCAGACUGCAUGAAUAGAGUGGAAUUCUUCAUUAAGUUUUUAGGGUACAAGCACACCACAGGUGAAUGAAAGAGUUUGAACAUGCAUACUUCUUUCGGUCUGAACAAAUUUGUUUCGCGUCUAAAACCAUCCUCGUGCGUCAAGAAAUGCAUAAUUAAAGUACAAUGUUGGUGAAUUCAUCGAUUCCCGUUGAAAACGUCUGGGACGUUUUUUAACACCUGCCUCUCGUGUACAGCGCUGGCUUCCAGACCCUGUGUUUUUAAAGGGCGAGUUGUUGAGUGCGCGCUGCUGUCAGAAAGGCACACGCGCCUUUCGCCGACUCCACUCGAGCGCCGCACGCGCGCACAGAGCCAUUCAAUUUAUUACAGCAGGCACGCGCCCGCCCCGAGCACGCACGCUCUACCUGUCAAACCCGACGACUUUAAUUUGUUUUUAAAAGUUUGUGUUUACUAGAAUAAAAACUAAGUUAAUGAAUAAAUUCAAUUUCCUACCGUAUUGGCCUUUUUUAGAACUACUACUUAUACUGUUAUUAUUAAUAAUUGACAAAUAAUAAUAAUACAUUUAAGUUUUAAAGUGCAUAUAUUUGUCCAGUAUUUUGUCUCCUAUUGUUUUGUUUUGUCUCUUAGUGUAUUGUUUUUUUCCCCUUAU